CGACCGGAGGCUAUAGAUUGCUCCCUGGAUUCUUUAAACCAUCACUGCCCGAACGUUUACAUGCCACCUAGCAAAGGGUGCGCGUCCGAAACCAUACUUUCUGGCUGUCACGGAACUCAACUAGACGAUGAAUAGGAUGCUAUUCAACUAUCUAGGCAGCUAUCGACGAGAACUUCAAGCAUGGAGAGGAGGGAAAAAGGAAGAGAUCUACGUGAAGCUGGACGGCGUAUUCCUAUCCACGCACCACGCUAAUCCAAAUAAGGAAACUCACGUGCUCGUCCUGGUCUACAUGGCAAGGGCCCUGACACUGGUUGUGACCCAGAGGCAUUUUAUGUGCAUUCUGAUCAGAGAUGGCUGUGGAAUGAGCCAGAACAAAUGCAACGCAGAUAUGUCAAAUUCAAUCUGAACGCCCUCAUCCAUAUUGCCGAAGAGGCUGCGGGAGCGGAUGCAAUCUGUUGAAUGUGUUGAAGCUCUCAGAGGGAAACUUCAAUAAAGCCUUUCUUGCAACUAUGCAGGACGGAAAGCAACUGAUUGGCAAAAUCCCCAAUCCCAAUUAGGGACCCGCUCAUUACACUACGAUAUCUGAAGUGGCAACCAUGCAAUUUGUGAGAAAUCCAUCUAACCUUUACUAAAUGCCUUUUUUGGAGCCAAACCAAUAUAUGGCAUAUAAUUACGUUCUCAGGUCCACGAUAAGCUUCAUAGUCCUGUUCCAAAGGUUCUUGGAUAUUGCUCCAGGGCCUGCAACAGCAAGCUUGGGGCAGAAUACACUGUGAUGGAGAGGGCCCCUGGAGUGGAACUUGGUCAGAAGUGGGAAGGACUCAGGGCCCGCGACCAACUUUCCAUUGUGAAACAACUUGCCACUAUCGCCUGCACACUUGCUCGAUCACAGUUUCCGUGUCAUGGCUCACUUUACAGAAGGCAAGAUGUUACUCUAUCUGAGAGUAUCUUCAUUGAUGAUGAGUUCCCCAUUGGGCCUACAAUCGGCCGAGCAUUGUUUGACAAGAGAAGAGGAGAAAUUGAUGUUCCUCGGGGCCCUUGGACCUCAGCAGAUAAUCUUAUGAAGGCACUGGUUCAGCGAGAAGCAGCAUAUCUAGAGGAAUUCCCAAGUUUUCCCCAAGCAUUGCCAGCGCAAGGUUUAUUUGGUGGGCCUGGUGGUUACCAUCCAACCAAAGAAGCGAAACUAUCAGUCUUACAAGACUUCCUCAAAAUAUGUCCUCAUAUAAUCCCCCGAGACGAGAAGGUCUUGACUGGUGUGAUUUGGCAUAAUGAUCUUCACGUGGAUAACAUUCGUCGAUACCGAGGACCCAUCUCAGAUCAUAAGCAUUAUAGAUUGGCAAGCCGUGCCUAUUUUCCGAUGUUCCUGAUCUGCUUGGGUGUCAGUGACAGGCCCCAUAUCUACUAUCUAGUAACUGCUGAGUUGUGAAGACAACACCGUGGUGAUCCCCCAGGU